AUGGUGGGUCGACGACGAAAACAACAAAAACGACCUUCACCGUUUAUCAACCAUGUCCUACUACCAGGCCUACGAAGUACUAUCCUCGCCCUUGCUGUACUGGCUAUUGGAUUCGGUAGUUGGCUUGAAACCACACCUAGCAUAGACGAUUGCAGCUUUAAACGGCAAAUGGCCAUGCGACAAGUUUCGCUAUACCGCAACUUGACCGACAAUGACAAUUUACCAGACACUGUAUCCUUUGGUCUUUGGCGUCAUUGUUUUAUCUACGCCCUCAAUUGUACAUGCACAUCACCCAGUCUCUCUUAUGGCCUUGAUGCCACAACCAUCCUUCAGGGCGCGUUCAGCAACACGACGACCCUCCCCACUACCAAUACCACCACAUCCUAUUGGAAUUCAGUACCAUUAAUCAUGGCAACAGCUUUAUCAGCAACCGCGUUUCUAUUUGGCGUCGCAAUCAACAUUCUCAAUCGUCGUCGUUUACAGCUUGUCAAUGCCGGCAUUGUGCUUGCGAGUCUCAUCCUCACUGCCAUUGCGUUUGGUCACACGUAUUCACAGUAUAGCCAUGAUAUUCAGCAAGCGUGUGAACAGUAUGGACGACGUUGUGUAAAAAUGGAUCAUGGUGCAGAGUUUAUUGCCCUUGUGCUUGGUAUUGCCUUGUUGGGUGUAGCAUGUCUCACGUGGGUUUACGCGCCAAAAAAGGACAAUGAUCUUAAUACAACAACAGCAGCAGCAGCAGUAGCAGUGGAUACAAAGACGCCUUCUUCUUUUAUGCAACAUUCAGCAUCGCCAAGGACACCCUCGGAUGUACUUGAACCAUGGCGUGAAGCCGUCAUGUUGGAUGAUGAACGUCAACGUUGGACGAGACAUACGAGCUAUCAACCUAUCCAUGACAACGAAGCAGCAGGAGCAGCAGCAUUUACCACUGAACCCUUACCACCACCACCACCUGGAAGACGACGUGCCUCACGUAAGAUGAUGGAUUAUUAUGACCUUGUUCCUCCCUCACGUCCUUUUGCACCGAAUCAUUCAUCAUCAUCAGGACCACGCCGAUCCAGCCAUGGCUCAGGCAAUACAUUUGGUGCUGAUAACAUCAUGAACAACAGCAAUCGUGGUUCGCGUACAUCCUCCACCAUGUUAGAGAGUCCCAUCGGUUCAGGUGCAGCCGAAGACAUGUAUUAUCAUUACAAUUCUUCAGGGAGUCAUUCUCCAACAUCACGAUCCCAUCGACGACAAUCCAGUGGUGCCUUAACCUCUUCCUUUGGUCAACAACAACGUCGUCGUUCACAUUCUCCUUUCCGCUCAUCCCCUGGUGGUGGUCACUCUUCACAUAACAACAAUAACCGUACAAUCACUGAUCAACGUAUCAGCGCCUAUUUACAACGACAAGACCAAGCCCAUCUUCCUUAA